CCCCCCCGCGCCCGGCCCGGGCCCUGCUCCCGCUGGGGCCGCCCUGGGGCCGCCCCGGGCUCUGCCCGCCCCGCUGCGGAGCUGCAGCCUCCAGGGUUUCCAGUUUCCAAACCUGAUGUGAUGUCGCAUCUGGAACGAGGGGAAGAGCCGUGGGUCCCAAACCUCCAGGGCUCUGAGAAAGAAGUGCUCCCGAGAGCUGCCUGCACAGGGAGUGACCUACAUCUGGAUUCUCUCUGUCACCCAUCAGGUGUUGGGAUGGUGAGUGAGAAUGAGGAAGAGAAACCCCGGCAGGAGGAUGCUGAGCAAGUAGAACCACAUGGGACGUUAUCAGGAAGAUCCAAAGGGAAUGUUUCCGGGAGUUGUGCACUCCCAGGAAAAGCAAAAGCCUGUGAGACUCAGCAGAGGCCAGAGGAAAACUUGAGUAGCCACACAGACCUUAUUACACGUGAGAGAAUCAACUUGGAAGAGACACGCUACACAUGCCAUGAGUGUGGGAAAAGCUUCAGUCGGAGCUCAGCCCUUAUCACACAUUGUAGAAUCCACACAGGAGAGAAACCCUACACGUGCUCUGAGUGCGGGAAACGCUUCAGUUGGAGCUCAAACCUUUUCAAACAUCAGAGAAUUCACACGGGUGAGAAACCUUAUGGAUGCUCUGAGUGUGGGAAACGCUUCACUGAUAGUUCAACCCUCAUCUCACAUCAGCGACUCCACAUAGGAGCGACGCCCUACACGUGCUCCGAGUGUGGGAAAACCUUCAAUCAGCGCUCAAACCUUAAUAGACAUCAGAAAAUCCACACAGGAGAGACACCCUACACAUGCUCUGAGUGCGGGAAAAGCUUCCAUUAUAGCUCAAACCUUAUCACACAUCAGAGAAUCCAUACAGGAGAGACACCCUACACAUGCUCUGAAUGUGGGAAAAGGUUCAAUCGGAACUCAAACCUUAUCACACAUUGUAGAAUCCACACAGGAGAGACGCCCUACACAUGCUCUGAGUGUGGGAAAAGCUUUAAUCAGCAUUCACACCUUAUCAGACAUUGUGGAAUCCACAGAGGAGAGAUGCCCUACACGUGCUCUGAGUGUGGGAAAUGCUUCAGUCGGAGCUCACACCUUAUCACACAUCGGAGAAUCCAUACAGGAGAGAUGCCCUACACAUGCUCUGAAUGUGGGAAAAGCUUCAAUCACAGCUCAAACCUUAUCAGGCAUCAGAAAAUCCAUAUGAGAGAGAACUGUAAUAAAUGCCUUGACUAGGGCUGGCCAAAGACUUCUUUUUUUUUAUUAAAUCACAUUUGCUAAUUUGCACAUAGUGAUCUUUGCACCAUCUUCACCGUAGUCUCUCAGCUCCCCCAGAUGAGUUGCCUGCUUCUGCCUUUUGCAGCUCACCCUUCUUUGGGGUCAGUCCUGUGAUCAUUUCUAUCAACUCCUUUCCUUUUGAGUCAUAGGAGUGUGUGUCCCUCCAGCCAGGAAUGUUGAAGGAGAGGUUUGAUGCCAACAAGCUACACUGAGGCAAAAACUACCUGUGCCUUACAUCCACUAGGACUGUACAUGUCGUUCGCUGCUUAAGUUAGUGAUCUUGGUGUAAAAAGACAAUUAUAGUUGUAGUGCAGAUGCAGCCCAGGUGCAGUGGUUGGCAUUAGCUUUCCCCUUGACCUGACCUAAAUGCCAUCACUUUUCCUAGUCUAAACAAAACCUGAGCAUCACAGUUAUACUGUUCCCCCAUUUCAAAGCAAUUGUUAAUCAUCAAGUUCUCCCUUCGGGAACAAAUUGUUUCAUUCCCAGUUGCUCUGAUGUUGCUUCAGGUUGUGCUGGAGAGCAGAUAUUUUUACUACCAUUUUCCUCACUUAAAAUAUAUUGAACUAUAACAAAUGGCAGGGAUAGGGGAAAAUGUUAUUUCGCCUCUGUAACAACAGAAGAAGACAGGGUAAGGCAGAGGGAUUCCAUUAUUCCCCAUCACCAUCCCAAUCCCCCUGUUGUUCAAUUGGUUAGGUCAAUAUUUUUUCUGAAGGGCUGAGAAGAGGAUUCCCUAGGUCUUGGUAGUCCAUCGAUCCGAUGAUGACAAAUCUGUGCAAAUCAUCAGUUGUUGGUCACUUGUAACUAAGCAAAAUACCCAUGCAUUGGUCUCCCAAAGCAGUUGUGGCCCAAGCCCUGCAGGAGGUCGCUCCUGAAGAUAUCUCCUUCCUAAUCAGGUGCGUGUUGCCUAUUAUUUGGGAAAUGCAAUCUCUAGCUAGGUAGGGAUGGGAAAAAUGGAAGUGACAUUGCUGUUCAACUCACCCCUGGGAGAUGCUGCUGCAAAUGUGUAGAAAAUGAAAUCUGUGUUGAAUGUGAUAUAGCUGCAGAAAGAAACCUAUUUUUAAUAGAUACCUGACAUUUGGCUUCUUAGAGGGAUUCUAAAACGCACCUGAAUUUAGUCCCUAAUUUAAACCUGUGCCACUAGAUUAAAGAUAUAAAAGGGCAUAUUUGGGAGAGUUAUACCUCAUUAUCACUACUGAUAUGUUGGGUGGUUAGGGAAGAAUUCUAUGCCAGAGAAUUGUAAAAUUACUCCAAGUAGGGUCAAAGAUUUGACAAGACCUCAGGUAGACCUUGCAGAUACUAGUGGUUGAUUUUCACCUCAGAGAUGGACGCUAUGGUGACCUGUGGCCCAGGUAAACUAUUUUUAGAACGCUGCUCCCUAGUUAAGUGGCAGUGAUCACGCUCCUAAAGGACGCCAUGAUUAAAUUGGAUCCAAAUGGUAAAAGACAGUUGUUCCCAAAAUUUGAUGAAUCAGAGAGAGACAGCUGGUUCCAUGCGUAUGGGUCCCAAUCUGGCUGCCUUGUUGGACAAGAAGCACUUCCAUGCUGGGCAAAUGAUGGUGCCAAUGGGGGAGUAUAUCAGAUUCCAAAUUCAGACUGCAGGAUAUAUGAACGCUGAGUCCAGAGUCUGUGGUUUGGUCUCUUAAUUUUGCUCUUAAUCUAAUGUAUUUCUAUCACUUCUCCACCUCCUGCUACUUUGAAAGAUUAGAAGUGUGAAAAUAGAGCACAGGUGGUUUUUCUCAUGAUGCAACCUUCCCACGUAGUGUGAGACCCCUUCAACCCACACUUGUGGGAGAAGACCCAGGGAGACAUGAACUCACAGAAAUGGAAGGCUCCUCGGUUAUUGUAGAAUGUGACUUCACACAAAGCUCACUGGUGGAAUUAAGAGAAAACUGCCCUAUAGGUUUAUAUUUUGUAAUCUUUGAAAAAGUUGUUACCAGUGACAAUGAAAUUAAACGUGAAGUUAAUUAGUGUAACAUAAGAGUCUGAUUAUGUGAUAACUUUCAGUGUUACAAUAUAAUUCAGGUUUUUUUUCUAGUUCUCUCCCUGUCCCCUCCUACUAUAUUGGAAAUGGUGGCUAAUCCUGAAAUUAAAACCUCACUCCAAAGGAAUUAGAGUGGGGGAAUAUGUGAGAGAAACAGCAUUUACGAGACUAGAGACCCAGUAUAGACUGUAAUUAUUUCUAUGUGAAAUGGAAUUUAUUUUGAUAAAUUUUAAAAUAAAUCUUCCAUGAAGAGGAAAAUUACUUGAGACAAGAUGUGUAAUCUUUUACCCAGUUAGAGGGUAACAGCCACAGAAUUCCCCAGGUCUCUUGUUUGCGAAGCGAGGAUGUCAUAUUAGGCAGGAGAUGUCAAUAUCUA